CUGAGGACCUACGUCGAACUCAAAACGAGCGCGCAGCGACGGCCUACCUUAAAACCCCUUCGUUUUCGUUUACAUAUUAUUUCACAUCUUACGAAACAUCCUCACCUUACCAUCAGAGCAAGAGUUGCAGUCUUGACCUGAAGGUCACCAUCACCAACCGCUCUCAUUUCGAGGCACACACCACAUACACAAUGGAGCAGUUCAACACAAUGCUCCCAACUCCCCCCGACGAGUAUCUGAAUCUAAGCAACGGGUUGUGCACUGUUGGACCUGACUUCAUUGGACCUGUACCUCCACCGGGACCAGAAGAUGGCAAGAAAAGACUGGUGCCCAAGGCUCCAACCUCUCCGGUGUCUGUCUCUUCCACUGUACUUUCAGCAUCCUCCCUUGCGCCAACAGAGAAAGAGAGCCUCGACCGUGAGGAGGCUGCGGCAGCUAUGUCCUUGUUACGCCGGGCGGCAAAGGUCAAGAAUGACAUGCCCAGCGGCGCUCAUGACCACGACAAAUACACUUCCGCCCUGCCUUUGGACAGGCUAGAGAUGGACAAACUCAUGGAACGUGUCAAGCAAGGCAAAACUGGAACGGAGGUGCUGGACACCGGGCUACAAAAAAUCGUUCCGACUACCCAGCAGUGGAUUCUCCUCCCGGAGGAACAAUGGGAGAGCAAGCUCUGGCGUGCCAGAGAUUCUCGUUUUGUGACCCUUGCAGACCUUGUGAACCGUGUCAAGCUUUUCCUUGAUUACUACAUUCCUGGGUAUGAAGACAUCGAUGGUGGUCAACAUGAAAGCCAAUAUGGUCGGGAUACUGUCGAAACCAUACUCUCCUGCACCCGUGAGCCAUGGAGAAGCGCGAAACUCCUCGCAUGGGCAGGCCGACUGUCAGAGAUUCCGAAUGACCAGAUCUUGCCAAACAUUCUUGACAUUGUCCAUAAUGGUAAGCACAAUAGCCUCUUUGUACAGCCCAGAGGCAUGGGCACGGCCAGACGAGUUGCCAAGAAGUCCAAGAAGUCAUCCAUCAAGCAGGGGCCUAGCUUGCCGGUGGCCCGCAUGCCAGCUAGCACGAAGCUGGCCCGCCAGGACAUGGAAGUCGAGGAUGUUGAAACACUAAGUCACAUUGUGGAGACAAGCACAACAGUCUCCAAAGAGAAGUUCUUCACGGGCCAUGGAAGGGAGGUCAAGGAUGUCGAGACAAGACGUCCGAUUGUGAAGGCAAGCACACCAGUCUUAAAAGAGAAGUCUCCCGCUUCUACCGCACCAUCUGGAAAGCGUAAGCGCUCUGAUCGCGAUGGAUCGGAGAGCAAAGCAACAAAGAAGAAGCGAGGCAACUUUGAGGACUCGGAUCAUAGUGACAAGGAACUUUUCGGCCGACACAUCAAGGAAACGCUCAAUGCUCGCUCGAAAAACAAGGCAGGUUACGAAGCCUUUCGUGACGCUAUAUUGCCGCCCAACAACAAGGUUCUAGACCCCUACGAUCUCGACCCCGAAGAAGUGUCUCUGUGCGAGAAGUUGACUUGGUCGCACGACAUUUACCGAUGUCAAAAGGCUCGCUUCUUUCUCGGUCUUGCUAUCUGGGUGGAACAGAAUCGUCAAGCUAUAGAGGAGGGCUGUUCAAUGCCCGUCGGGGAUGUGCGCAAGUCCGUCGCCCAGUUUUUCGGAAACAUUGACGUCAACAAAAUCAGUUCCAUGUUCGGGUAUUUCGAGUCACGGGGCUGGAUACAGAACAUACUCGUGAAGGAUGAGAACAAUGAGCAGCGUGUCUCUACCGACUACCUCAGACAUUUCCCUUCAGAUCACCGUCGGGAACUGAUGCAGGAAGUGGCGGAUUUCGAGGCCAACCCGCUGAAUGGUAUACCCCCAGAACAGCGGUAUGCCAAGGUUCAGCCAAGCGAUGAGUCGAAGCGGCUCGGAAGCAUGAAGUAACUAUGACACAAAGGCUUUGGUGGUGGUGGUCGUCGGAGAUGUGGUUUUGAGGAGCCUCCAGAUGAAUGAGGUCGAGAAGGCCAGUGAGGGCUAAACAGACACGACAGACGAUGGAGAGAGAUUGCUAUGUUGAUCCCGAGAAGACCUCUUGUUACAUCCGUGUCCAUCUGUGUCCAUAUGAUUCCAUAGCCUGCCUGUUGCAAUGGCAAAUGGCAACCAUUCCU